UGUUGUCUUCUUGUUUACUUGUCUGAUUAGAAUUUAUGUUGUAAUUUCGGAUAAAUCCGCCGAAAUAUUUAAUUGGAAGACUAACCUCGGAAUCUCUGUAAAAUAUCUCAACAUUUCCAGAUCUCAAAAUUCAAUUCUCAUCACUCAUCUCCCCUUCAUUCUCACAAAUUUUUUCUAUCUUUACAAUUUUUUUUAUCUUUACAAUUUUUUUUAUCUUUACAAUUUUUUUUAUCUUUGCUAAUUUCUUUUAUUUCCGUAAAUUUGUUCAAUUAUUGCAAAUUUGUUCAAUUAUUGAAAAUUUCUUUUAUUUCGUAAACUUGUUUAAAUCUUGAAAAUUUCUUUAAUUCUUGAAAAUUUCUUUAAUUCUUGAAAAUCGUUUAAUUGUUGAAAAAUUGUUUGGUGAAAAAUUUUAUUUUUCAUAAUUGAAAUUUAUGAGAGAUAAAAUUUUGUCCCUGAAUUGGUUAAAUUUGUUCAUUUUCCUGUAACAUAUUAAAAUUGCCCAAAUCUCGCAGAUUCUUCAACAAUCCCACCCAAAAUGUACAACGAUAAAAGAGAAUCUCGUUCGUUUAGUAAGUCGUUUAUGUUGUAUACUCCGGACGAUGCUUAUUUGUUAUCUGGUCGUGAGGGUUCGAGGUCCAUUGACCCUGAGAAUGCUUCGAAUUAUUCCUUUGAGAAGAAGCCUUCCAGGGAUAAACAAUUCUUCACUUCCUUCGAUAAGAAAACCUUAACCUUCGAUCCCAAGACCAAAUUCAAAAAAGCUCUCAACGCCACAGACCCUUUGAAGCGAGUGAAUAGUAUGUACUCUGCGAAGAGUGUGUAUGAGGAGUUACAGAUGGCCAGGCGUGUGAAGUUACCCAGUGUCCUCCAGAGUAUUCACCAUGUGUUAACAGAGUUUGACGACUCCGGAGAAGACCUCUCAAUGCUCCCCCAAGUCUCCAAAUUCCUACCACACAUCUGCAACCACAAACUCGUCAAAAUCGAACCACAACUCUUAUACACUCAGUCACACUCUCUCAAGUCGAAUUAUUCAAUCAAAUCCAAUCACUCUAACAAAUCGAAUAACUUAAUUAAAUCAAAUAACUCAAUCACAAAGUCGUCACAUUCGAGUCUGACAGAUUUAAGUUCAAGUCCUGUGCCACCAAACUUUACCCCUCUGAAAUCUCAACUUGAAAAAUCCGACAAACCCAGUGCCACUCUUGAAAAACCCAGUGCCACAUUUGAAAAACCCAGUGCCACUGCCACACGUGUUGACAGAGUGGGCAGAGUUUACAGUGGUCCAUUGAGGAUCGGUUUGAUCUUGAGUGGCGGUCCUGCACCGGGUGGUCACAAUGUGAUUGCUGGUGUUUUUGAUUACCUGAAGCACAGGAAUCCUGAAUCUCAGCUUAUUGGAUUCAUGGGUGGUUUAGACGGUCUGAAAUACAAAAGGUACCAAAUAAUCACUGAGGACCAGAUGGACCAGUACCGAAACCUGGGCGGUUUUAACAUGUUAAUGAGUGGCCGUGGGAUGAUAUCAACAAAACAAGAGUUUGAGAUGGUGUUAAAAACCGUAACGGAGCUUGAGCUUGACGGGUUAAUAAUCGUAGGCGGUGACGGCUCCAACUCCAACGCAGCAAACAUCGCCAACUACCUCGCGCAACACUAUGAAACCCUUGACAAGUCCAAACACAGUAGUGAACCAGUUGAAAAGGAGAAAAGAUGUGUAGUGGUUGGUGUUCCCAAGACUGUGGACGGUGACAUAAGAUCUUACAACAUUGAGUUAACGUUUGGGUUUGACACUGCUGCUAGGACUUACUCAGAGUUAAUUGGUAACUUAUGCACUGACGCCGCUUCUACUCAGUUUAAUUAUCAUUUUGUCCGCAUAAUGGGCAGGAGCGCGUCACACCUGGCACUCGAAUGCGCACUCCAGACACACCCCAACAUGCUACUCAUAAGUGAAGAAGUUAGUCAGAAGAAUAUUUCACUCCAGCAAAUCGUAGAUGACAUUGUCGACCUCAUGCAGAAAAGGUAUGAAAUGGGUAAAACAUUCGGUGUCAUACUUAUUCCAGAAGGUCUCGUAGAGUUCAUACCAGACUUCAAAGUUCUCGUCGAAGAACUAAACAACAUCGUUCUACACCGUACUGAUAGUGUUGACAAUGUAAAUAGUGUGGAAAAUGUGGAAGGAGAGGACAGAAGUGUGCGUAUGUUUGAUGUUGGAAGGUUGAACAGGAGUAAGGAGACGUGGAACUUCUUGCCGGUGAAUAUCCAGGAGCAGUUGCUGAGUGACAUAGAGUCGAGUGGUUCAAUUUUAGUUGCGAAAAUAGCCACAGAGAGUCUCCUGAGUAUGCUCGUGGAGGCCCGGAUUCACAGUAGAAAACUCGACCACCUGCUUCAGAUUAUUAUCAUGACACAUUAUUUUGGCUACGAGGGAAGGUGUGCCAUACCCUCGGAAUUUGACUCGUCAUACUGUUAUUCACUGGGAUACACCGCGUCAGUACUCGUGGCCCAGAAGAAAAACGGAUACAUGGCCGCAAUCAGAGAUCUCAAAAAUGAUAUCGAAGACUGGAUACCACUCGGAAUUCCAUUCUCACACCUCACCACACUCGUAGAACUCACACACACUGGGAACGUAGUUUCCAGUGCCAAUACUAAUACUACUAAUAGUAACACUGCCAAUAGUAAUACUACUAAUAGUAACAAUGGUAACGCAGUAAAUAAGGGGAAUAGUGUAAAUAGUGGUGUGGAUAACUGCGUAGAUCCACACCGUAGGUAUAGAUGUAGUAUAAAGAAAACGUUGUUGGAUUUGGACGGUGAGUUAUUUAAGACGUUUGAGAAGGUGCGGGACAUUUGGAAGUUUGAGGAUUUGUACCGUAGCCCGGGGCCGAUACAGCUCACGACCUCAAGUCAUCUCUCCAACUCCGACCUCUCACUCUACCUCAACACCUACGAACAUGACAGAAACAACGAAAACGGUAACAGCAACAGCUUCGCCAGUGAUAACACCAAUGGCCUCACCAAUGGGUUUACCAAUGGAUAUUCUAACGGAUUUACCAGUGGAUAUUCUAAUGGAUUUGGUAACAGAUUUACAAAUAGAUCUACGAACAGAUUUGGUAGUGGAUAUGGAGAGAGAUUUGGUGAGAGAUUUGGUAGUGGAUAUGGUAGUGGAUUUGGUGAGAGAUUUGGCAGUGGAUUUGGUAGUGGAUUUGGUGAGAGAGACGACGUGAGUAGUUGUAGCGGUGCGACGUCAAAUGACUAUGUUGAUGAGGAAGAGAUUAAUGAGCGGCGGUGCUUUACACUGUUGAUUCCCACGAUGAAGGAAUUAGUCGGAGAUUAUCCCUUCAAUGGUGACUAUGUGGGCUUGAGGCGUAAGGACAAGAGUUUUAUGAGUGAGUUGGAGUUGAGGAGGCUGGAGGUGAUCCCGGACAUCCCGAUCGUGUGCUCUGACGUUAAGUCCAGGCUCGUCCCCUUCAAACAACACGUCGAAUUCGACCAGUACAUCAAAAACCAAAUCAUGCUCUACUACCCAUACCAACACAAACUCAACCACUUCAACCAAUACGAACUCGUUCCCAACACCAUUCCAACCGGAAUGGGAAGGCGUGAGAUUGGAUCAGUAUCGUCUGAGAGUUUGAAAUCUGGUUCCCUUCGGGUUGGUGUGGUUCCUGUGGGUAAACAGGCGCCCGGCGUACUAAAUGUGUUUUGGGGCAUUUUCACCAGAGUCUCCAAGAUGGGCGGCAAAUGCUUAGCAUUUCACGGCAUCAAGGGUUUACUGCAGAAUUCAUACAUUGAGUUAAAAGAGUCAGACUUCGAGUGUUUUAGAAACCAGGGCGGACUAGAGUUGGUUCUGAGGUCUAAACGUUCAUUCCUGUGGAAACAGGACAGACUUGAAUCCGCCUACAAAACUUGCACAGCGCUGGAUUUGGACGGCUUAGUAUUCCUGGGCGACGAGAUGAGCAUGACCCAGGCCUCGUUUGUGACUGAAUAUUUCAUGUCGAGGAGUAGUAAAACUUGCGUAAUUGGCGUCCCGGUGGCCGGCGGGAAUUCCCUAGGCGGUGAUCUCAUAGAAGCCUGCGUAGGAUUUGACACAAACACAAGGAUCUACGCUUCUUUAGUUGGGAAUGUCCUGACCGACGCCAUUUCCAUGCCAAAGUACUGGCAUUUCGUAAAGAUUCUGGGCAGGUUCCCGUCCGUAGACGUGCUCGAGUGUGCGCUCCAGACACACCCCAACGUCGUAAUCAUUGCAGAGGAGUAUAGAAAUUCGGAUAAGAGUCUGUUUGACAUUGUGGACGAAAUUGCCAACGCCAUUGUCAAGAGGAGUAAACUGGGCAAAAACUUCGGCACAGUGCUGAUCCCAGACCACUUAGUGCUGCACCUACCAAGCACCAAGAAUAUGCUACAGGAAAUCGGCACUGCACUCACCAAAGCCAACCAAAAGAACCAACGCAAACACGCCAUACAACAACUCAUGUCAUACAACGUCUACUCCACCAACCCCGUUAACACCAACAACACUCCGAAUGUAACAUCCAAAAGUGUGAGUACAACAGUCAACACUGCUAAUGUAACAGUAAAAGAUGUGAAUGUAACAGCCAGAGAUGAGACUGCGAAAGAUGAGACUUUAAAAGUCAACACUGCUGAUGUGAGUGCGAAAGAUGUGGUGGUGGGACCUAGCACCGACACGGAGGAAGAAUAUGUAAAAAUGAUAACUCCGUGGAGUUUGGCGUUGUUUAGUAGUUUCCCGGAGUACAUAAGGAAGGAAAUAUUGAACAUGGACUUCUCAGACUUGGGCCUGGAGAACUUGGAAAUUGAAGUGAUGUUGGCCCGUAUGGUAAAGGAGGAACUGUCAAUCCGUAAGAAAAAGGGCGAAUACAAUGGCAACUACGCUGCUGUGACGCAUUAUUUUGGUUACCAAGGCCGCUGCGCUAUACCGUCAGAAUUUGACUGUUCUCUGGCGUAUAGUUAUGGCCACUUAGCAGCAAUUUGUGUCGAGAGUAAGUUAAGCGGUUUCUGCUGCUCAAUAAGAGCAGUUUGCGGUGCAGUUAAGGACUGGAAGUUGUUUGCAACUCCAUUCACUUGCAUGAUGAAAAUCGCGCCAGACUCAUUCAAACUUCUGAUUAACCCGAAGUCUGAAAUGCCAAUCAUCCCGCCAAACAACGUCAGCCUCAACGGGAAACCCUUUAAAAAACUCAAAUCCGCACGUAAAAAGUGGUUAGUGGAAGAUUUAUUCAAUAACCCAGGGCCGAUACAGUUUAACUCGUUUGUCGGCACACAGAACAUCAUGCUAAUCAUUGAACACUCACAGUACUAUCACAUGAUCACAUCAGUGGAGAGGUUCACUGAAAUUAUCAAGAAUAUCUGCAAAUUCGGAGUCUCCGAAGAGUACCUACACCACGCAUUCAUACAACUCUGGGGACUCAUCAAAAUCACACAAGACAAAAACCAACUCAUCUCACUCUCACAAGAUUUCAAACUUCUCUAAUAUCAUACAUAGUAUUA